CUGCCGGCGCAGCGGCGUCCGCGCCAGACGGGAGCGGGAGGCGGCCGAGCGCAGUUGCUGGGAAUUUUCCGGCCGGGAGGGCGCGCGAUCCAGAGCGAGACCCCGCGAGCUUGACAGCGGCGGGGGGCGCGGGAGCCGCAGCGAGCGAGGCACACCUCGAAACAGACCCAGCAGAGCCCGGAUCCGGGAGGAAAUGGGACUGUGAGCGGCGCGGGGAGCACGGAGGGAAGGAAGCGCCGCGAUUGCUGAUGUCAGAGGAGCCCGGAAAGUCGCGCUGGAAAAAUCUGAAGACAGCCGGGGCUCCGCUGCUUCCCGAGGAGGGACACCGCCGGCCACCCCCACACGCGCCCGCGGCGCCUCCGGGUCCCCCCCCGCGGGCCGGCGACAGCGCGCGGCGGGGCUGCUGCGGGGCGGCGGCGGACCGAGGGGCGAGCGGACCGGAGGCCGAGGGGCCACUUCGGGAAUACAGAUAAGUGGCCGGUGGCCGGACGUGGGUCUUAAUGAAGCUGGACUCCAUGUGGAUUUGCUCGUCCCGGUGACUGCGCGCUGCGGGCCGCGAGAGGGGCAGCCGCGGCCGAGGCGGACCGCGCGGGAGCGGAAGGACAGACCGACGCCGCCCAGCCGGAACCAUGUGAGGGCCAGUCCAGGAGGUGGAGUAGAUGAGAGCCCAGGGGAUCUGUGUGCCCGUCCUGGCCCCACUCAGAAUGGAACACAGAAGGCCCUGGCCACGGGCCACAGAGGUUGACAGCCGGUCUGUGGUCCUGCUCUCAGUGGUCUGGGUGCUGCUGGCCCCCCCAGCUGCCGGCAUGCCUCAGUUUAGCACCUUCCACACAGAGAACCGUGAUUGGACAUUCAACCACCUGACUGUCCACCGAGGGACGGGGGCAGUGUAUGUCGGGGCCAUCAACCGGGUGUACAAGCUCACGGGCAACCUGACCAUCCAGGUAGCUCACAAGACAGGGCCAGAGGAAGACAACAAGUCCUGUUACCCUCCCCUCAUCGUGCAGCCCUGCAGCGAGGUGCUCACACUCACCAACAACGUGAACAAGCUGCUUAUCAUCGACGACUCAGAGAACCGCCUGCUGGCCUGCGGGAGUCUCUACCAGGGCGUCUGCAAGCUGCUGCGGCUGGACGACCUCUUCAUCCUGGUGGAGCCAUCCCACAAGAAGGAGCACUACUUGUCCAGCGUCAACAAGACGGGUACGAUGUACGGGGUGAUCGUGCGCUCCGAGGGCGAGGACGGCAAGCUCUUCAUUGGCACUGCCGUGGACGGGAAACAGGAUUACUUCCCAACUCUGUCCAGCAGGAAGCUGCCCCGAGACCCCGAGUCCUCCGCCAUGCUCGACUACGAGCUCCAUAGCGAUUUCGUCUCCUCCCUCAUCAAGAUCCCCUCCGACACCCUGGCCCUGGUCUCCCACUUUGACAUCUUCUACAUCUACGGCUUCGCCAGUGGGGGUUUCGUCUACUUCCUCACUGUCCAGCCCGAGACCCCCGAGGGCGUAGCCAUCAACUCCGCCGGAGACCUCUUCUACACCUCGCGCAUCGUGCGUCUCUGCAAGGACGACCCCAAGUUCCACUCUUACGUGUCCCUGCCCUUCGGCUGCACUCGGGCUGGGGUGGAAUACCGCCUCCUGCAGGCUGCCUACCUCGCCAAACCCGGGGACUCGCUGGCCCAGGCCUUCAAUAUCAGCAGCCAGGAUGACGUGCUCUUUGCCAUCUUCUCCAAAGGGCAGAAACAGUAUCACUACCCGCCAGAUGACUCUGCCCUCUGUGCCUUCCCCAUCCGGGCCAUCAACCUGCAGAUCAAGGAGCGUCUGCAGUCCUGCUACCAGGGUGAGGGCAACCUGGAGCUCAACUGGCUGCUGGGGAAGGAUGUCCAGUGCACCAAGGCGCCCGUCCCCAUUGAUGACAACUUCUGUGGACUGGACAUCAACCAGCCGCUCGGAGGCUCAACUCCCGUGGAGGGCCUGACCCUGUACACCACCAGCCGGGACCGCAUGACCUCAGUGGCCUCCUACGUUUACAAUGGCUACAGUGUGGUUUUUGUGGGGACUAAGAGCGGCAAGCUGAAAAAGAUUCGAGCCGAUGGUCCCCCCCAUGGCGGGGUCCAGUACGAAAUGGUCUCUGUGCUCAAAGAUGGAAGCCCCAUCCUCCGGGACAUGGCCUUCUCCAUUGAUCAGCGCUACCUGUACAUCAUGUCUGAGAGACAGGUCACCAGGGUCCCCGUGGAGUCAUGCGAACAGUACACGACUUGUGGAGAGUGCCUGAGCUCCGGGGACCCUCACUGUGGCUGGUGUGCCCUGCACAACAUGUGCUCCCGCAGGGACAAGUGCCAACGGGCCUGGGAACCGAAUCGAUUUGCCGCCAGCAUCAGCCAGUGCAUGAGCCUCGAGGUGCACCCCAGCAGCAUCUCGGUGUCUGAGCACAGCCUGCUGCUCAGCCUAGUUGUGAGUGACGCUCCUGAUCUGUCUGCGGGCAUCUCCUGUGCCUUUGGGAACCUGACAGAGGUGGAGGGACAGGUGUCCGGGAGCCAGGUCAUCUGCAUCUCUCCUGGGCCUAAGGAUGUCCCUGUCAUCCCUCUGGAUCAAGAUUGGUUUGGAUUAGAGCUGCAGCUAAGAUCCAAGGAGACAGGGAAGAUAUUUGUCAGCACUGAGUUCAAGUUCUACAACUGCAGCGCUCACCAGCUGUGCCUGUCUUGUGUCAACAGCGCCUUCCGCUGCCACUGGUGCAAGUACCGCAACCUUUGCACUCAUGACCCCACCACCUGCUCCUUCCAGGAGGGCCGGAUCAAUAUUUCAGAGGAUUGUCCCCAGCUGGUGCCCACAGAGGAGAUCCUGAUACCGGUCGGGGAGGUAAAGCCAAUCACCCUUAAGGCUCGAAACCUGCCACAGCCGCAGUCCGGCCAGCGCGGCUACGAGUGUGUCCUCAGCAUCCAGGGGGCCGUCCACCGAGUCCCCGCCCUGCGUUUCAACAGUUCCAGUGUCCAGUGCCAAAACAGUUCGUACCAGUACGACGGGAUGGACAUCAGCAACCUGGCCGUGGACUUCGCGGUGGUGUGGAAUGGCAACUUCAUCAUCGACAACCCUCAGGACCUGAAAGUCCAUCUCUACAAGUGUGCAGCCCAGCGGGAGAGCUGCGGCCUCUGCCUGAAGGCCGACCGGAAGUUUGAGUGUGGCUGGUGUAGCGGCGAGCGCAGAUGUACCCUUCACCAGCAUUGUUCCAUCUCCUCCAGUCCCUGGCUUGACUGGUCCAGCCACAAUGUUAAGUGCUCCAACCCCCAGAUCACCGAGAUUUUGACUGUGUCCGGACCACCUGAAGGAGGGACUCGAGUGACCAUCCAUGGCGUGAACCUGGGUCUGGACUUCUCCGAGAUCGCCCACCAUGUGCAGGUGGCUGGGGUGCCCUGCACACCUCUGCCAGGGGAUUACAUCAUCGCCGAGCAGAUAGUCUGUGAGAUGGGCCACGCCCUCGUGGGAACCGCCUCUGGGCCCGUGCGCCUGUGCAUCGGCGAGUGUAAGCCGGAGUUCAUGACCAAGUCCCAUCAGCAGUACACCUUUGUGAACCCUUCUGUGCUGUCACUCAGCCCCAUCCGAGGGCCCGAGUCUGGAGGCACCAUGGUGACCGUCACGGGCCACUACCUCGGGGCUGGCAGCAGUGUGGCCGUGCUUCUGGGCAACCAGACCUGCGAGUUCUAUGGGCGGUCAAUGAAUGAGAUCGUCUGUGUGUCACCGCCAUCUUCCAAUGGACUGGGUCCAGUGCCCGUUUCUGUGAGUGUCGACCGAGCCCGAGUGGAUAACAACCUAGAGUUCGAGUACAUAGAUGACCCCCGGGUGCAGCGCGUUGAGCCUGAAUGGAGCAUUGCCAGUGGCCACACACCCCUCACCAUCACAGGCUUCAACCUGGAUGUCAUUCAGGAACCAAGGAUCCGAGUCAAGUUCAAUGGCAAAGAGUCUGUCAAUGUGUGUAAAGUCGUGAACACCACCACCCUGACCUGCCUGGCACCCUCUCUGACCACGGACUACCGGCCCGGCCUGGACACUGUGGAACGGCCAGACGAGUUUGGAUUUGUCUUUAACAACGUCCAGUCCUUGCUCAUUUACAAUGACACCAAGUUCAUCUACUACCCCAACCCAACCUUUGAACUUCUCAGCCCUACUGGAGUCUUGGAUCAGAAACCGGGAUCCCCCAUCAUUCUGAAGGGCAAAAACCUCUGCCCUCCUGCCUCUGGUGGUGCCAAACUCAACUACACAGUGCUGAUCGGAGACACACCAUGUGCUGUCACCGUGUCCGAGACCCAGCUCCUCUGCGAGCCUCCCAACCUCACCGGGCAGCACAAGGUCAUGGUCCACGUGGGCGGGAUGGUGUUCUCUCCCGGCUCGGUGAGCGUCAUCUCGGACAGCUUGCUGACCCUGCCAGCCAUCGUCAGCAUCGCAGCGGGCGGCAGCCUCCUGCUCAUCAUUGUCAUCAUCGUCCUCAUUGCCUACAAGCGGAAGUCUCGAGAAAAUGACCUCACUCUCAAGAGGCUGCAAAUGCAAAUGGACAACCUGGAGUCCCGGGUGGCCCUGGAGUGUAAAGAAGCUUUUGCCGAGCUCCAGACAGACAUCAAUGAGCUGACCAGCGACCUGGACCGCUCAGGAAUCCCUUACCUGGACUACCGUACCUAUGCCAUGCGAGUCCUUUUCCCCGGCAUCGAGGACCACCCCGUCCUGCGGGAACUGGAGGUGCAGGGAAACGGGCAGCCGCGUGUGGAGAAGGCCCUGAAGCUCUUUGCCCAGCUCAUCAACAACAAAGCAUUCCUCCUGACCUUCAUUCGCACGCUGGAGGCCCAGCGCAGCUUCUCCAUGCGCGACCGCGGCAACGUGGCCUCGCUCGUCAUGACCGGCCUGCAGGGCCGCCUGGAGUACGCCACCGACGUCCUCAAGCAGCUGCUCUCUGACCUCAUCGAUAAGAACCUGGAGAACAAGAACCAUCCCAAGCUGCUGCUCCGGAGGACAGAGUCUGUGGCUGAGAAGAUGCUGACCAACUGGUUUGCCUUCCUCCUGCACAAGUUCCUGAAGGAAUGCGCCGGGGAGCCGCUCUUCAUGCUCUACUGUGCCAUCAAGCAGCAGAUGGAGAAGGGCCCCAUCGACGCCAUCACAGGCGAAGCGCGCUACUCCCUGAGCGAGGACAAGCUCAUCCGGCAGCAGAUCGAGUACAAGACGCUGAUACUGAACUGUGUCAACCCGGACAACGAGAACAGUCCAGAGAUCCCAGUGAAGGUGUUAAACUGUGACACCAUCACGCAGGUCAAGGAGAAGAUCCUUGAUGCCGUCUAUAAGAAUGUGCCCUACUCCCAGCGGCCUCGGGCUGCUGACAUGGACUUGGAGUGGCGUCAAGGCCGGAUAGCCAGGGUCGUGCUGCAGGAUGAGGACAUCACCACCAAGAUCGAGGGUGACUGGAAGAGGCUCAACACACUGGUGCAUUAUCAGGUGUCAGACAGAUCCGUGGUGGCUCUGGUCCCCAAGCAGACCUCCUCCUACAACAUCCCUGCCUCUGCCAGCAUCUCCCGGACGUCCAUCAGCAGAUACGACUCCUCCUUCAGGUACACAGGCAGUCCUGACAGCCUGCGCUCCCGGGCCCCCAUGAUCACCCCAGACCUGGAGAGCGGGGUCAAGGUGUGGCACCUGGUGAAGAACCAUGACCACGGGGACCAGAAGGAGGGUGACCGGGGCAGCAAGAUGGUGUCUGAGAUCUACCUGACGCGGCUGCUGGCCACCAAGGGCACCCUGCAGAAGUUUGUGGAUGACUUGUUUGAGACCUUGUUCAGCACUGUGCACCGGGGCAGCGCUCUCCCCCUGGCCAUCAAGUACAUGUUUGAUUUCCUGGAUGAGCAGGCAGACAGACACAGCAUCCACGACACAGAUGUGCGGCACACAUGGAAAAGCAACUGCCUCCCUCUGCGCUUCUGGGUGAACGUGAUCAAGAACCCCCAGUUUGUAUUUGACAUCCACAAGGGCAGCAUCACGGACGCCUGCCUCUCCGUGGUGGCCCAGACCUUCAUGGACUCGUGCUCAACGUCAGAGCACCGGCUGGGCAAGGACUCGCCCUCCAACAAGCUUCUCUACGCCAAGGACAUCCCCAGCUACAAGAGCUGGGUAGAGAGAUACUAUGCAGACAUCGCCAAGCUCCCCGCCAUCAGUGACCAGGACAUGAAUGCCUACCUCGCUGAGCAGUCCCGCCUGCACGCCGUGGAGUUCAACAUGCUGAGCGCCCUCAAUGAGAUCUAUUCCUAUGUCAGCAAGUAUAGCGAAGAGCUCAUUGGGGCCUUGGAGCAGGAUGAGCAAGCCCGGCGACAGCGGCUGGCGUACAAGGUUGAACAGCUCAUAAAUGCCAUGUCCAUUGAGAGCUGAGGGCCAGAGCCUCACGUUCCCGAGCAGAGGGGCCCGUGAGGGCUGUCACACCGGGAGUCUCAGAAGGAAGGACGAGAGAAGGGGAUCAGACCCCAGAGCUUGCUGUCCCCUGGGACCCCACCCGGGGAGAGGGGAUGGCCCCUCUCCCCAUGCCAGCCAAGUUUCCAUCACAGCCACUUCCUACAGGGAGACCCUUGGGUAUCUCCCACCCCCAGUCCGACCCGGAGAGGAGCAGGGGGUGCAGAGAAGGUGGUUCUUCAAGCUGAGAGGCACCAACUGGGUACUUGGCUCCUGCCUCUGUGACUGCUGCUUUGCAUGAAAACUCAUUUGAUGUAUAUUGGGGAAAUAAUGAGAACUUUAUUUAAUUUUUUUUAAGAAAAAGGGGGAAAAAAAACAAAUAAAACAAAAGCCUCCCUGUGAAUCCCGUCCAACUUCUGUUUACUUCUGAUUUCUGUUCCCUGCCUUCUUUGUUCCCCCCACCCCUCCUUCCUUGUGGAAGUCCUGUUUCCAAAGGCCAGAAAAAGCCUACUAGAGAUACUGGGAGAAACUGGAGGGAAAAUGAUUGCUUCCUUUCCCUUGAAAUCAAAAAAAAAAAUCAGAAGGAGAAGAAUGAGCACAAGUCCACACCAAACACUUCGCAAACAUAGAGGCCAGUAAAGCCUGGAAUUAUCUUGGCAGCCGAAAGAGCGUGGAAACUACAGAACUUUGCACAGAUUGCAAAGCCGUCAGUGGCUCAACCUGGCCGACUGGAAAUUGAGCUUUACAAACCACACACCUGUAUAUUCUCAUCUCUGGACAGGAGGCUGGCGUCUAUAGAGCACCAAUGCUUUUGGCUACUGUUUUGUUGUUUGUUUGUUUGUUUUAUUUAAUGCGAAGCCUCAACAAAUGAGGAGCUGGUCUUUGGUACUUUCCCUUUCGGAUUCUGUACAGUUACUUUGGGAAGUGGGGGAGAGGUGGGCCUCUCCCAGACCAGCCGCCUGAGGACCCUGGGCAGCCCUGCCUUACAUCCGUCACUGUCAUCAACCAUGCACCCUGGGGAAAGGGUCUGCAGGUGUGUGGCCCAAGCCUCCAGGAGGUUCCCCUUGGGAGCUGAUUUGGGGACCUGCGUAAAUGGCUUUGGACUCCAGUCAGCCAGUCGUUUCUUGCAAUUAAAGAGAAAACAUAAAUCAAACACUGUUUACAGCAAGCAAUACUUGAAGAGCAUAGGUUAAAGAAGCUACAGUCUUUAUUGUUAUGUUUUCUUCCUUUUGUCCUUGUGCCUGGAGAGGGAAGGCAAUCCUGUGCUCCUGUGUAGAAGCUCCUGGUGGUCUGAGCACUGGCCUCAGUAGAAAGGACUGACAUCCCCACGCUACUGUCAUCUCCUGCCUCUCUUUCUGCCACUCCUGUCCUCAUAGUUUGAAGGACAAGGGGGUGGCUUCUCACCAGGCUCCUUUCCUGCUCUUUCUCUUUUGCUGACACCGAAAACCAUGGAGGACCAACCGUCCUGAGUGUAGUUUCCAAAUAAAGAGACCAAAGUCCCGUGCCCUGGUCCAGCAGUAGUCCCCAGCCAAACCAGUGCCUCUGUUGGCCAAAGGACCUCGGUGACCGGGAGAGCCAUCAGAGUUCCCAGGCCUCCCACACUGACAAGGGGCCAAGCAGCAUCAGAGCGAGGGGGACGGAGGACAAGAGAAAGGCACGGAUGGGAUGCAGGGACGCCAGAGAAGACAACCUGCCCAUCCCAUCCUCCACUUUUCAAGGGUCCGCAAUGCUGGGAAACUGGACCAGCCAGCUCAGAGAGGCCAGACCAGAGUCGUUUACUCUGUAAUUAACUCUGCACCCCAGCUUCUCGGUGCCCUCAUUUACCUCCAAACAAUUCCAAUUUCCAAAGGCUUUGCUGACCACAUCAGAUUCCCAGAAAAGGGCUGGGGGAGGGCUGGCUUCCGUCCCUGGCGUGUGGCUUUGGAUAACUGUGCUAACCACACAACAGACAUCGCCUGGUCUCCUCAGCUCCGGUUUCUUGCGUGAAUGCAGCCGACAAAUGAGAAGAGAAAAGCAUUCAGCAAAAUACUCAGGAAACUCGCUGUUUUCAUUAUAAUUCACAACCGGCCAUGCCAAGGCCACUUUCUUCUGAUAAUCCACUUCUGUUAAAGUUUCUCUGGGCCCUAUGAAUAGCCUGAAAGAAAUGCUAAUGACUGGCCUUCUGCACUAAGCCAAAGUGUUUGCUCUUCAUAGCACCCAAAACUCAUCAGCUCAGAGCCCAUGAUUCAUGAAGAUGAAAGGUGAGGGGCUAUGGGCAAGAGGAAUGUGAGCAGAGGACGAGUUGUGCUACCCACAAACAUUUCCAGCCCACCCUCAAGUUACUUAUGAGCUCUGAAUGAACGUUUUCUGACUGCUGCUUAGAUUGCCUUCCAGGCUUUGCCCCACCAAGUAAAAGGAAGGUAGACAUCUCAGCUUUAUCUUAACCAACCCUCUCCUCUGUGCAUCUAUGCAGGUGUCUCCCAGCAACUACUUUUGGUGGCCGUUCUCUGCUUCCAUGAAGGGUUUUAGAAAGUGUGCAGGAGGGUGGGGGGAUGACCAGCUGGAGAGUGGGACGACAGGAGCCAGAGCUGGCAUGUGUCUCGGCCACAUGUCUCAGGGUUCCAUGGGAGAAUUGGGGAAGCUGGGUUGGCAAAGGAAGUGGCAUAGGAAGGAAUCGAGUUGGUAAAGGAGGAAUU